AUGGCAGACGAUUUGGGGCUGGAAACUGUUUCCUUGGCGAAAGCUUCAGGUGAAGGAGUGAAAUGCAUUUGUCACAACCCGAAUUUUCCUGCUCAUCAGCCUCUCAAGCGCUUGACGGAGACUACCUGGACUACCCUAUGGAAUGCAGCUGAGACGAAGAGAGAUGACACUUGGAUGUCGAUCGGAAAUCUUGAUAGAGAAACUUGCGGCGAAGUUCUAUACCACAAAGCCUGCUACAAGUGGUACACAAACAAAAAGACUUUGAAGAAGACAGCCGUUGCUGAGUCUGUCCGGCCCGUCGAGGCUGUUGGUGGCGACGAAGGCAGUGAAGGCGAUGAUGAUGAUGAUGAUGACAGUGAUGACAGCGAGCCUGAGCAAAGAGAUGUUGAGCCCCCAAAAAGCGGACCCCUUCCAGGAUAUCACCGCUCGUGCCUGGCCAACUACACUCACAAGAGGACACUCGAGGGCCUGACGAAGCCCACAGUGUCCACUACAGCACCGUCCCUGGGUCAUACUGACAGCUUCGGUGCAGCAUUUGCCCAGCUGACCAUGUCCGUGCAGACACUUGUCCUAUCUCAAAGUAAGGUAGACGUCGGUGCUUGUGUGAGCAUGGCCAGCAUGCGCCGGAAGUAUGCCACCCUCCUGUCUUCCAUUGGCGUCAACGACCCACCCAGGUGGCGUUUAUUUGCUCUGAAACAGCUGCUAGUUGAUUAUUUCCAGGAACAGAUCUUGUUCUUCAGCUGUCCAAGCCGACCAACUGCUGGGGGAAUUUGUGAUUUCCUCUGCGGUCCCAAGGCCUUGCUUCUAUCCGUGUGUGCCAAGAGCCUUGUAGAACCUACAGAGGAUAAAGACGGUCAGGAACUUGACAUUGAGGAUAUGGCAGACCAUAGUCGUGUUGGUGUGCAAGCCAUUGCUGAGCUUGAGAUGCGUCACACAGCACUCCAUUUGCGCCACACCAUCCAGCCACUGGAAACACGUGGCGCUGCCGUGCCGACUGCCGAGAGCCUCCAAGCUGAGGCAACUCCAAUUCCUGGUGACCUCUACAAGUUCCUAUGUCUUCUUAUUACUGGGAAGGAACUUUCGGCUGAAUUGCACAACUGGCAACAUCUCAGAACACACUGUCGCGCCCAGUCUCUAGCACAGGAUGUCAUAUUUUGUGCGUCCGCCGGUCGUGUGUGUCCAACCAUUGCCUAGACGCAUCCCAAAGCCUCUCAUUGUGUAUUAAUAUUAUUUCUAAUGCUCGGGUUUUCUCUUGUGACCCGCGACGCCAGGCAUGAAGUCAUGCUCCUUGCUAUAUACAUGUAUCUCGCGGCCGUAACUUGUUAACAGAGUGUUACUGACACUCAGUGCCAACUGCUGCAAUUGCAGCUCAAAUGCAAACACUGUGUGUGUACGUGUUGCUGCGCAUUGGUCUCUGCCUUGAGAAUUCUUAUCAUUUUGGUGUAUUUUUAAUAACAGGCGUGGGCCAUCCCGUGAUUUCUUAGGUGCCGGUUUUAAACAUUUGCUGUGUACUUUUUAUAAUCACCAAAUGUCCCAUGACUGAGGACACCUAUGAUAUCAAGAACAGUGUACUAAGACACUUGCUUAUCUGAGGUAGACAGGCUUGAUUGUGUUAUAACGAGAUGAUUGUUUGAUGGCAGUAAGGCGGUUUCCAACUGUACUUCGUGA